CGCCCAUAUCACUAACACACACUAGCACUAUCCAUCACGGGAUGCUGCAGUGCACGCGUUCUGUCUUAUCUGUCCACUAGCAUCAAGCUCACCUUCCGUUUCUCGGUGAAUCGUAAUCGUUUCAGCAGUGAAAAUAACGUUCCAAUAUUCGCGCCAGUGUUGUGGUGUCCCUUUGUGCUGUGAAUGCGUGUCCUUUUAACUUAAAACUCCAGUACGUGAUGGCAUUUUCGGUAAAGAAGCGCACCAACACCCGACUAAACGAGAUCGAAAAGCACAAAUAAGGAACCGCUGCGUGGUGCAGAAAAUGAGUAACCGAUAGUGGCACUUCCGUACGCACCCGCAAGGCUGCGCAUUAAUGAGGACCCCGUGUCGUUUAAUCGAACGAUCCAUCAGCCAUCCGUUUCACCAGGCGUGCCACGCGUGUCUGUAGGGCAAACGAGUGUACAAUCCGCUAAUAGUAAAGCAUGGAGAGAUGCUUGCUAAGCACCACGCAAGGACCGAUUCAUUCAACAGCCGGUAGAAUAUGUGCCAAAUUGCUAUGGUGAUCGAUUCAUUCCGCGCCGCUACGCUCUGUCCCGAGCGAGCCGUUUCAAGGCGGAAAGCAAACCUGAGCGCAAAACGGAUCCAAUGGUGAUGAAGGAGAUGCCCGGAUACUGGCGUACCCAUCACUAUUCGUCGGUGCUGAAGAAGGCAUUCGGGUUGGUCUCGACACGCGAUAAGAUUUUGUCGUUUAAGGAUAGCACUAGCCGGCAGAUGUGCAGCCACCUGUCUACGGAACGUACGCUCGAAUGGGUCGUCCGGCCGAUCUACAGCAAUCUGCAGAAGCUGGACUGGAGCUGUCGACCGCGCACCAAACCGAUCGGAUUCAUUGAGGCCGUACACGAUCUGCCCAACAUCAAGACGUACUAUCACAAGAUCAUUGACUGGUCUGUGGCCGGACAGAUAGCGGCAAUCUUUAGCAAGAAGCUCGUAAUCUGGACACCGAACACGGAUGUGAUUAUUGGGCUGCGUGCCCAGUACACGACCUCGAUAGCGUUCAAUCCGGCGGGCGAUCAGCUGGCCAUGGCAAUCUUUAUGAUGAACCGACCCUGGCUGGACAUUCUGGACGUCGGCAGCAAUCCUAUCGGACAUCACGGUGCACUGAAAAUGCUUGACCCACUGGAACACCCGGUCAGCUGCCUGACCUGGGACGGGAGCGGCCAGUAUGUGGUGUGCGGGUUCGGUAACGGGCAGAUCUCGAUCGUGCGCGUGCACCCGAGAUGCAGCAAGAACGUGUGCGACAACAAGUACUUCGCGCACAAGGCUUCGAUCAUCGCGAUCAAGUUCUCGUGCGGGUCCAAGUACAUGGCCACCGCGGAUGAGCUGGGUCAGGUGUACAUCUGGUACUGGAACGGUGGUCACCUUACGCCAAUUACGCGCUGGGCGAGCGCGAUGUGUGCCUUCUUCGACUGGCAUCCGUGGCGUGAGGAUGAGAUUGUUAUCGCCGACAGCGAACCGAUCAUGAUCGCACUGUACCACGUUCCGAGCCGCCAGGUGGUGUCGUACUAUCGACGCCAGGACAGCGAUUGUAUCGUGACGACGCUUGCGUUCAAUAAGAUUUCCGGCGAGCUGGUCGUGUGCUACUCCUUCACGGAUGUAAACAAGCCGCCUGAAAUACUGGUGCUCGCCUCGAUGGACCGCGUGGUGGAUGUGAUGCGCAAUCACGAUGACGUCAUCGUACAUCUCCUGUGGAGUCCGGAUGGAAAACAGCUCGCCAGCGUAGGAUAUGAUGAAACGCUCACGAUUUGGAACUUCUUCGGCAUCUCACCGACGAACGAGUGCAAAAGGAAGAAACUGCAACGAGAUGCAGCGGCCAGCAGCAGUAGCUCACGGACUGGUGGAUCUGUGUUCGGGGAUGGGCCGGAGAGUGGCCGGGAUGCUUCGCGCAUCCAGUGCAACCGUAACAAAGAAGCCACCUAUCGUGAUCUGGCUUCGAGUUUUCUGUUCAAGGCAAUGCGCUGAAUCGAGCGAACUUCGUGGGAGCGAUCGAAUGUGAAGAGACAUCGAAUGCGAGUAGCCUUUUUCACCUACACACUUACAGGCACGAGAUAAGGAACCGGCGUGGAGUCGCUAGGGGAUGGAGUUCUUGUACGGGCAUAUGUGCAAUCCGCUGUGCGGUCAAUUGACUGUUAGUUAAUAGACGGAAGCGAUUACCUUUCGUCGCGCUGGUUACAUUUAUUAUGUUUAAAAGUAUUAUUUAUAUGAUUUGAUUGUUAACUUUGGCCUCAAAUGACAUUGUAGCUUGUUCAAACACAUUCUAUGCAGAUUCCUGGACGAAACAAAGCUCAAGCAACACUUUACUUUAAGAAGGACUUUCAAUUGCAUUUUUAACCAACCAAACACACACACACAUUAGCAUUUAAAACAUUGUUAGCAAACCAUUGUGACCUUUAUGUAGAGAAGAAAAAUGAAUUCCCUCUUACAGCCAUA